AUGGAUCGGAUCAAGGGCAAACGAGCGACCCGACGAGCCUUGCACACGCGUCUCCGUAACGAGGCAAGUCAACUCAUUCAAUCGAGUCAGUUUAGCGCCCCGGCGCUUCGAGUGCUACACGAUAGAUUAAAGAACUGCAACGACGGACUACGGGUGCUCAACGAACAGCUGGAGGAACACCUCACGGACGAGCAAGCUGCCGAGGACUACCUGUCGGUCUCGGAGUAUGAAGACAACGCGGCAGCAACGUUGUCCCUUCUUUCGUAUCACAUCGAACAACUUCAGCCUGAAACGACGGCGGACCGAGGCCUGCCGAUGCCCAACGACGUCGCAACCCCAGGUACGACUUCGGGAGAUCGUUCCAUCGGUGAUGCCUCAAGGCGGGUUGCCGGUGCUUCAAGACUACCGAAGCUUGACUUAGUUCACUUCAACGGAGCAGUGCUACAGUGGCAGCCGUUCUGGGAUGUAUUCAAGCAUGCCGUUCAUACAAACGCCGGUGUGACGAACGUCGACAGAUUCCACUACCUGAAAUCCCUUCUGGUUGGACCAGCGGCCAAAGCGAUCGAGGGAAUUCAGGUGACUGAUGCUUCAUAUGCCGAUGCCAUCGAAAUUCUAACCAACCGCUUCGGAAACACCCGGAUCAUCGAGCAGAAGUACUUGGAAAACCUCAGAACACUCAAGCCUGUACGAUGCUCCACUGACGUGACCGCCAUGAGGAAUCUCCUAGAUACGGUGACCAUACACGUGAGAGGUCUCAAGGCUCUUGGACGAUCGGAGCUUUCAUACGCUGCGAUGCUUGUCGAGAUUCUGACCAAGGUGAUCCCCAAUGACAUCGUGGUGGAACAUUACAAGCGACAGAGCUCACUGCGAAGGCCCAACGAGACUCAAUCGUCAGAAACGGAGCUACAGCAGCUGUUGGAUCAUCUACGGCUGGAGGUAGAAGCCCAGUCAACGAGAUCCGUCAAGCAACAGAUCCAGGCCAGUGGCAUCACUGUCCGGGAACACAAAACCCAGCCGAUCUGCUGA